AUGAAAUCCAGCUUGUGCUUUCUUCAUCAGUGGACUGGAUUCGUGUUCGUGACUCCUGGCCACCACGGAGGUUAUCAACAAGGUUACCACCCCAGUCAACGCACGUACGAACAACCAAAUCUAGAAGAUCAGAACGUGGAACAAGGCAGUGGAAAAGAAGAGAAACCCAAAGGAUUUUUGGGGAUGCUAAAAAAUAUGUUUGGAAGGCGGAAGAAAGAAAAGUCAGAAAGCGAUGUGUCAAUGAUCGGUGAAGUUCCCAGCGAAGAUAUGCAGGAGACGGAGGUGUAUAAAACGGAAAACAGCUUUGGAUUUAACAUGCCUUCCGGCACGAUUCAGAAUUUAUUUCAUAAUUCUCAUAUUGUCCAUCCAGACAAUUGGAAAGAAAAAUCUUUGGAUAAGACGCAGAGGUUGGAUGUUGAGGUGGGCCAGGAAAUUUUACCACGACUUGGUUACCACGGAAAGAAUAAAUAUAAAUAUGCAUUCCACGAACCAUGGAAUCCUCUUGAUAGAUUGACUCUUCUAGCACAAGCUGAAAAAGACGAAUCUCAAUAUUCAGACGAAGUAGUAGCGACAGAUAAAACUGACAACGAAAUGGGGUAA